AUGUUCUGCAGGACCCUCGCUUCCAAGCCUGGAAGCAAACAAAUCGCCGUUGGCAGCUACACAUUGGGGGAGGCCCAGGAAGUGCAAUUGCGAAGAGAAGAGGCAGCUCCCGUUGCGCUCAUUCAUGUCCACGACGACGAUCUUCCGACUGCUAAGACAGAAACUUCCCUGCAGUACCACGCGUCUUCUAUCGAUCGACCUCUUCAAUCAAACAAGUUCAUCAACCACGAUAGAUCCCUCAAAACUGAAGCUAUCAAUAUUUCGUCAUCAGGGAUAGACUUCGAGGACUUGUACGCGGUCUUGGUCGAUCACCUUACCAGCAAGGAUGGAGUCUAUCUUAUUAUAGAUGGCCAUGACCGAUUUGAGAAAUCAAUACAGGAACGACUACGCCAGAAUAUAGGUCCACUUGAAGCGCAAGGCCUGAAGUUGCUGCUUCUCAAUGCUACGUCCGAACUUGACUCUUUCCCGCUAGCCUGGCCAGUGGAAUGCGACAACUGUAAACGUGGAAGCCCAGAAAGUGAGGAGGAAGACGGGUUGCAGAUUUAUUGGUCGUCCCUGAGACAUUUCGUACGUACCGAUCUGGAGGCUGAAUAUGGAGUUGAGAUUGAGGAAAAUGUCAUCGAAACAGUUUGCGAGCCCAGUGAUAGCAACAUCAAUCUUGCCAAGUUGCGGCUCGACCAAAUUCGCGAUCUUGGAGGGCCACGAGCCAUUUUGUCGGCUACUGAUCGACUUCCCCGGGAGGUCGUCGCAUUUUUCGAUGCAGAGAUCAAGCGAAUCAACGUUCUGGAACCAGCCCAGAGGUACCAAACGCUGUUAGCCAUCAUUAUGGUAGCAGCAUGGGGCCCGAUGACAGUCAAUGAACUUGAGAAUGUGCUGAGUGGCGCAAGUAGCUCUAGACCAGAUUACACCAGUAGUGAUCAUCCCUUUCAAGAGCCGGACAGACGCAGAAUCACUCUUUAUAUCAGGGACCUGGGCUGGUAUAUCCGAGAAGACUACAACCAGGAUUUAGUUCUAGCUAAGCAGUACCUGAGCCAGGCCAGGGCAGGUGAACGAAAUCUUGAUCGCAGCCACAGCUUCGAGAAAACUGUUGACGCGAGGAAGGAAGACAGUAAAGGGCCCAAGGGUGAACUGCUCGGAGAGCAGAGCGCAAGAGAGGGACUGAGCGAAGUCUCAGGCAAGAGUGUCGUCGACGCCAUACUACGAGAGCCCGCGAGCCUAUGUGUACUUUGCCAAAACAGCAUAUUUCGAGUUAAGUCAAACUCGGGAGUACGAACUUGGGUGAAUCAAGACCAAGAUGGAAAAUGCCCAGUCUGUGUUUAUGCCUAUAAAGAGAUGGCAGAGAAGUCUGUGAAUGUGUUAGAUCUCCACUGGUCAAGACGAACUAUGGGACGGACGUCAAACUCUAACGACCACCUGGUCCUGACCUUGAGAGCCGACAAUAGCAAUGCGAAACCGACAUUUAGAAGAUUCGUCUUCAUGCUGAAGUCGGAACUCGGGUUCUCACCAAGCGCAAACAACUUAGGGGCGACCACUACUCUGCAACACACUGGUGCGCAGAUCAAAAAGUGGCUGGACACGUGCAAUACAGGGCACAUUGACUGCAAACGUCCUAAUUUGAAACCAUAUGUACCCAAACGACUCGUAGAUAUCGACACAGGAAUCAUAGGACAUUAUCGGGUGAUCGAGAGGGAGAAGAAGGAAGAAGGACCUUACGUUACACUCAGUCAUAGCUGGGGACGCGAACCAACGUUCUUGAGACUUACGACAGAGAACAAGACUCGGCUCAUGGGAGAUGGCUUCACGGCGUCUGAUCUCGGGAACAAGAACUUCGAGCAAGCAAUCGAAGUUGCGCAACAUAUCGGAAUGAAAUACAUCUGGAUCGACUCCUUGUGUAUCUGCCAAGCUGGCAAGGACAGAGAUUUCAGAGAGGAAGUCGCUGCAGACUCGCGGGAUGGAGAGGGCGGACUGUUCAGAGACCGCCCUGACAACUUGUUGUCGGGCAUGAACGUCGAUGAACCAUGGGUUGUUUUGGAUAAAGAACUCUGGGCAAAGGAUCUACUCCGGAGCCCUAUUUACACGCGUGGCUGGGUGUUCCAAGAGAGAAUGCUUUCUCCUCGUAUCAUCCACUUCACGCGCUCCCAAGUCUUUUGGGACUGUAGUACAAUCAGUGCCUGUGAGACCCUGCCAGAAGGUCUACCUUUCGCACUAUCUGCAACAGCCACAACAGAUCGUCGCUGGCGAGGUCGACUGCAACGGAAGAAUUCCGAUCAAGAUGAGUCAAGUCUCGUGGUAGAAGACUCGUUGGAAUCGUUCUGGAAGACUGCUGUGCUGAAUUACACUUCCUGCGAACUUACGAACCAAGCCGACAAGGCCUUUGCGAUUUGGAGUGUUGCAAAGCUAGUGAGAGACAAUCUGCAACCUGUAAACCAAUAUGGUUGCGGGCUGUGGUCAAUCGCUUUGCACGAGCAAUUAGCUUGGCAGGUAAAAGCCUUGAAGCCGGAAUCUAGAAUGGCUUCUUUACAGGCUGUGUUUCCUAGCUGGUCAUGGGCUUCGGUGAACGCGCCCGUCCAGAUCCAUGAUCGCAUUGUGGCGAAAAGAUGCUACACUAUCAAGAAUCACGAGGGUGCCCCACUCAGCUUCUCCGAUUUCAAAGACAAAGCAAUCAAUAGGGACAUGCAGCCUCAGUUUGCGGCGUCUGACUCGCUAGCCGUGCGAGGUUACCUCAUCCCCGGACGGCUCUACAGGCAAUCGGUUAAUGGAACCUUCACGUUCGAGUGCGCAGAAACUGGUCCUGCACAGAGACAGAAUGUGAUAAUGGACGAGGACCCUCCUGAGGCCCUAUUCAAGCUCUUCAAAUUUCACCUUCUGCCACUCGUCGCUCAAAAAACGAGCGAUGAUGAAACGACCUAUGCCGGGAGUGCACUGGUGCUCAUGUCAACUCAUGACUACCGGCGGCUUACUCGAUCAAGACUCGUGGAACAGGUAUCCUACUUGGUGAACUCAUACAAGUAUGAUUCUCAGGAAAGCAAAUCUUAUGCGGCCCGGAAGACAGAAUUACAGAUGUUGCGCUGGGGCGUUGGUGCCCUGAAUGCAUGUCUUCACCGAGUCGCAAAGCAGGAUAGAGACCUGCCAGCAAGAGAUGGAAAUGCAUUUCGUAGAGUCGGUGUGGUGCAGUUCAGUGAUCUUGCUGCCGAAGAGUGGGUGAAGAUUAGGAAAGACGAGGAGAGGAUAAUCUGGCUAGAUUAA